AGAAAUAGAUGUUUGACUGGUAUCCCUUUGUUUCUCUAAGUGAAGAUGCUUACAGACGUGAUAGUAGAGGAAGAAUUCGAGAAUAAAGACGAAGAACAUUGGUAUGACCACCGAGAUCUGGAGCAAGGUAAAAAAGCUUAGAUUUUGUCUUGUCUUUAUACUAUUAUUCAAAGGAAGUAAUGCCAGGAUCCUAUAACAGGAGAGAAAAUUGUACCUAAUAGACUUUUUUUAAAUUAGCCUAAUUAUUAAAGUUACUGUUAUUAUUUUGAGAGGGAAACAUAGGUUUGAAGAAAAUGUAGAUAUCUGUGACGGAAGCAUGGUUUACUUGCUGUGUGAUUUCCCACAGUUGAUGGAUUGCACCACAUCCUGUGUCAGAUCUUCAUUUGGCUGCUGAGCUGGGCAAAACUCUCCUGGAGAGGAAUCGUGAAUUAGAGGAUGGGCUUCAGCAGAUGUAUAACACUAACCAAGAGCAGCUACAGGAAAUCGAGCAUCUUUCAAAGCAGGUGGAAAUGCUCAGGUCAGCGAAUGAUCAGCAUGCUAAAGUCUCUGAGCAGCUAGAAGCCACUGCUGGAGACUUGGAGCAGAGAAACCAAAGACUCUCCCUGGAGAACCGCUCAGCCCAGCUUAAGAUCGAGAGGCUUACCGAGACCAUAAACAUGCUGCAUGGUCAGGUGGAGGAGCUGCAGAGGGAAAUUGAGAACCUGACUCCAGAUCUUCAGGAGCAAUCAUCUAUCAGACAAUCAGACAAGUAUCCAUCUAAUGAGAACUCUGAAUGUGUGAGCACUCCCUCUCUAAAGGAGGAUGACUGGGAAAAAGAAGAGCACACAGCCCUUUUGCACUCGCUGCAGACCCAGCUGAAUUUAGAGCGAAGCCUAAGAGAUACUGCUGAGCAAGAGGUCGAGGCUCUGGCCCGAGAGAUCAGCGAGCUGGAGCCACGUGCGACCCUGUUGGAAGGCUAUAAGGCACGUCUGGCUGAGGUGGAGGUUGAAGUUGAGGAGCUACGUCAGCUAGCGCGGUCAGACUCAGCCUCAUGCAUGCUACCGGGUGUGCUGUUCUUCCCUGCAGAUGAGGAAGUGGGUGAGAUCUGGGAGACAAAGCAAGUGCAGAAGUGCUGCAACAUCCAGAGGCAGGUCCUGGAAGCUGACACUAAAGAUAAAGAGUUGAGAAACGAAGAACACACUGAUGCACAUUUAGAGACAGUGAAGAGCCACGGCAUGUCUCUGCUAAACGAGGUGGAAGAUCAAUACAACGCCUUACAAAGAAAGUACAAUGCACUUCUGCGCCGCUACGAAGAUGGAUCGCGGUCGCAGUGUGACAAAGCAGUGCAGACGUCCACAGCCAAACAGGGGUCUCAAGUGUGCACUCAGCUGCCGGAAUAUAAAACACUGUUCAAUGAGAUUUUCACUUUUAUCCAAAAUAGCAAAAAGGACUUAGAGAUGAACAGGGCCAAGGCAAGUUAAAUUCAGUUUCACCUUCCAAAAAACUGUUAGAUUUGUCCUCUACAGAAAUUCCCAAAUCUCCCAGCAGGCAUCUGCUCUAAUAAGGCCGUGAGGAGACAGAAUGAAUGAAGUGGAAUCACAAAGGAAUAAGGUUAUUAUAGGACAGACAGCACAGCCAAGCUUGAGCUUCACAUCUCACAUUUUAUUUCAGAUAUAGACCUAACUGAAAAUUAUUAUUUAAGUGUUUAAGCGCUUUGCAUGACAACUUGUGACCUUUUUUUUUGCAGUAUUUUUGCUUAUUAUUAUAUGUAUUGUUAAUAUUUUAGCAGCGCUGCCACAAAAAAAGUUUACAGAAACCGAAUUAAAGUUACACUUUGACCUUUAAGAAAUUUUGUCUUUGUUUGAAUUGUACACGUCUCAGAGGUCACGUUAGCUCUACGCUGGGGCUCAGAUAUCAGCUACGUAUACACACACUUCUUCAUAAUUAUUGUGAAAACAGGACAAGUAACGGAGCACUUAAUAAAUCUUUAGAUGUUUUAUGGGGGACCUUUUUCUACUUUUUGCCAUAUUUUAGGAUUUGCCUUCUACAUUUACAGCACAUGACAGACAUUUAUCUCAAUUUAUACAACUAAGCAAUUAAGGGCCCUAACUAAGCAAGCAGUGGCAGCUUGAUGGACUUGGGAUUUGAAAUCACAACCUUCUGAUCACUAAUGCAACACCUUAACCACUAAGCUACCAAA